UUGUGACAAUUCUGACAAGAUUAAAGGUUAGGUUUGUUGUUAUUAGGUAUACUAACGUGCUUGAAUAUGUAACAGGAGCUUUGUUUUAUGAACACUGACGAUCUCUGUAUACUGUUACUGUACAGUGUACAUCGCAUUGAUUGUAUGGUAUGGUUAGAACGACGACGACUAAUUCACAUAUUCACUUCAUCAUUCGUAACUCGAACGUGUUUCAAUUCGUGUCGAAUGUACGAGUAUUCGCGCCGGGGCACGUUUAAAUAUUAUUAUGAUUUUAACUCUCGAAAAUGUACUGUACGAUGAACUUGAAUUUCUAAUUUCGCCUUUCGUAUCAUCGCUGUGUUGUUUUGUUCCUUGUUUUUAUUAUAUGGUUUAGUAUUACGCGACAUUUACCUAUCUAUAUAGAUAUACCCUAUCCUAUCCUAUAAGAUGAAUCUAAUUGUGAUCGCAGUGAUUUUCGGUUUGUGUUUUGUUAAAAUUCACGGCAAUAUUAUUUUUAAAGCCAAGUUCAUGGGUAAUAAUAAAGUCGAAGGAGAUGGCUACUCCGUCCACGCGUUAUCCGUAUCUCAUUGUUUAGCUUUAUGCAAUAAAAAUAAAUCCUGCGACGCUGUCACCUUCAACGAUGAAAUCAAAAAGUGCAGAUUAUUCAAGAGAUGCGUUCCUUUACAGAUUUCCGCAAAUAAUAGUCAUUAUUGGUUUUAUGCUAAAAGACCUCCUGUUUCAGAUGACGGUUACUUUUACGAAGAACGCAGCGACACGUGUUUAAAAGUCACCAAUCAAUCAUUACCGUACGAAUUAGCAAACCGACUGUGUUCACUAGAUAAAGGAUAUUUAGCGGUUCUGUAUUCGGCCGAAUUAAGACAAUUAGCCAAAGAAAUUUUAUUCAUUUCUGGUCAUUCGGAAGCUUGGGUUCAUCCACCGCUAAAAUCAUAUAUAAAAUAUGCCAAAAAUUAUGGCUUAAGAAAGAAAAGAUGGAUCAGUACGAAUGAAAAUAACCCCGAAUUGGACGAAUGUUGGUUUGUACAAAAUCACACGAUCGUAAAACAACCCUCGUGCGAGGAUAAAAAAAGGCUGAGUAUUUGUCAACUUCCUACGUAUUAAUGUGUACAUAUUACUAUUAUAUUACCCAUACUUACCUGUUAUUUACUAUGACUUUUGUGAGAGUUUUCUUUUUUUUUUGUCGAUUAUAAAAGUGAUGAUUUAUUAUAAGCUUUAAUUUUUUACUUGUCUACUUGUGUGAUUUUUUUUUUACAAGAUUAUGUUGCUUUUUUUCAAUAAAAUAUUUCAAUGUA